AUACGAAGCCAGUAACGGGAACUUCCCCGAAGCGAGCGAAUCCUCUCACGAGUCGCGCAAAAGCUCUCGCAUUGUAGCAUCCUCUUACUCGUCAUUGGAGAUUAUUGGGGGAGAUUGUGAAAUCGAGGGAGAAAAGAGCUCGAUUGGAGCUCGGAGGUGGUUUGCUCCGCGCGGAUUUGGUUCCGAUUGAAGGGAUCCGUCGAUUUCGAUACGAUUAUCUCGAUUUGGGAAUUGGGAUUUAGGAGAAGAGGAUGGCGAUGAAGAUGUCGCUAUGGGAGGUGAUGAAGGAGGCCCAGGGAGGUGGGGGAGAGUCCCUGUUGUCCAUUCUCACGUACUCUAUACUACCCAUCGCUAAGGUGUUCACGAUGUGCUUCAUGGGGUUUCUCAUGGCGUCUAAGUACGUUAACGUCCUCCCUGCUAACGGUCGGAAGCUUCUUAAUGGGCUUGUCUUUUCUCUUCUUCUCCCUUGUCUUAUAUUUUCUGAUCUUGGAAGAGCAGUUACUCUGCAAAACUUGUUGCGGUGGUGGUUUCUUCCAGUCAAUGUCAUUAUGGCUACAAUAUCUGGCUCCUUGAUUGGUCUUAUAGUGGCAUCCAUUAUCCGACCCCCUUAUCCCUAUUUCAAGUUCACCAUUAUCCAUAUAGGAAUUGGGAACACUGGGAAUGUACCUCUCGUCCUUAUAGCAGCACUAUGUCGUGACCAAUCCAAUCCCUUUGGUGACACUGCUAUGUGCAGUCAACAGGGAAAUGCAUAUAUCUCAUUUGGUCAAUGGGUUGGCGCAAUUAUUCUAUACACAUAUGUGUUUCAGAUGCUAGCGCCGCCACCAGGAGAAACAUUUGAUAGCACCGACGAGGCGAAACUACCAACGAGGACUUUUGUUGACAGUUUAGUGCCUGAGCAUGAUAAACUUCCAACUAAGCUCCCAAUCAGCACUACUGUGCCCGAGCAAGUGCCCGAGCAAGUGCCCCUGCUAGCUCUUGAGGAGGCCCAGAAAAUUGGUCCGUUGUCUUCGAAAAGAGUAAAAAUUAUGGACCAGCUACAUCUUCUUGUUCAGAAACUAAAACUUAAGCAGAUUUUCCAGCCCCCAAUUACUGCUGCUAUUUUAGCAAUUUUUAUUGGUUGUGUUCCAUUCUUAAAGAAUUUUAUCCUCACGGAUGAUGCUCCAUUGUUCUUUUUCACAGAUAGCUGCCUUAUUCUCGGAGAGGCCAUGAUUCCAUGUAUUUUGCUCGCCUUGGGAGGUAACCUUGUUGAAGGUCCAGGUCCAGGAAGCAAAAGACUUGGGUUCCGAACUAUUGUAGCUAUUAUAUUUGCACGGUUGGUCUUGGUUCCUCCAGUAGGGCUUGGAAUUUACUUCUUAGGUGAUAAACUUGGCUUCUACCCAGAGGGUGACAAAAUGUUCAGAUUCAUCCUCCUCCUCCAGUACGCAAUGCCCACUUCUGUGCUUUCUGGUGUGAUUGCGAAUCUACGAGGGUGUGGAAAGGAGUCAGCAGCUAUUUUGUUUUGGGUACAUCUUUGUGCGAUCAUCUCAAUGACUGGAUGGAUCACUCUGUACCUGUCCAUGCUUUUCUGAAGGACUUCAUCAUUGAGCUGGUAUUGUUUUGUAUAGGAAGACGAAUUCGUGCUUUGAGAUAUCGCCUAGUAUGGUUUAGAAUCUAGAUAGCAACCUCUAUAUAUUGAGGUAUACUGCUUUAAUACCUGCGCAACCAAGUGGCUUCUCAUAUACUUGGUUGAGCGUGUAUAAUGGCACCUCUGAUGAAUGUAAUCACAGAGGAGCUGAUGCAUAUGCAGAGCUGGAGACUUUUUUCCACAUUAAGAUGAUGUUCGAUUUGGAUGUUAUGCUCGUAUGUCGAUUACUGAUUAGUGUAUAUAGACUUAAGAGAGAUGAGCUAGCUCGCUCGCUCGCUCGCUCAUCCUAUAUGUCGCCAUUCCUCUGUGUUUGUAUUAGAAUGUUUCUUUCCUUCUUUCUCACCAGUGUUUUUAAGUUCUAUUUUUGCGAGUCGCAUGCUCUGAUGAGUACAUAACAGGAACCAGAAUAAUGUAAAUAAUGUCCUGUAUUUUAUCUCAUUAAUCAACUGUAUGAGUCUCUUUCUGCACUA